AUGGGUUCUCGGUGGCGGCAGCUGCUGCAGCUGCGUCGGGGGCUUCGCGCCGUCUUCCCUUCUCCGCCUCCUCGUUGCCCGGUGCCUGGCCCUGUCAGGUUUUUGCACGCCAGCGUUGUCAGCUACCGCUUCCUGGGGUCGGGCGAUGGGCCCACUGGGGGAAGGCAGGAUAAGGGAGGCGGUAGAUGGGGGACAGGAGACGGCGAGGAGGAGGAGGAGGACGAGGAGGAAGAAGAGGAGGAGCUUGAGGUCGAGGAGGACGAGCUGCAGGAGUCGGCGUUGCCCCCUCUGCCACUUGGGGGGCAGAAAGUGUUUGUGGUGCAUCCAGCUGUGAAGUGGGGCCCUGGCAAGGCUCGGCUAACCACAGCUGAACUUCAACUAGCUGAAGCUGUUGCACUCAUAAACACCAUUCAAGAUUGGACAGUGUUAGAUAAAAUGAUUCUUCCUACGAAAAACGCCGACAAGCUUUUUAUCUUUGGUAAAGGGAAUUUCCAGCUUCUAACUGACAAGAUUAAAGAAUUCCCACAUGUAUCAGCAGUCUUUGUGAAUGUAGAAAGACUCUCUCUUCGCACUAAGAAAGAAUUCGAAGAAGCCUGGGGAGUGGAGGUUUUUGACAGAUACUCAGUUGUUCUUCAUAUUUUUCGCCGCAAUGCUCGGACUAAGGCAGCAAAACUUCAGAUAGCAUUGGCUGAAAUACCAAUUCUAAGGACCAAUGUGAGAAAUGAGGUUGCUCAGAUGGAUCAACAGAGAGGUGGAUCAAGAUAUAUUAUGGGUUCAGGUGAAACAUUCAUGGAAAUGCAACUUCGCCUCUUAAAAGAAAAGGAAUUUAAAAUUCGAAGGGCCCUAGAGAAGCUCAGAAAAAAAAGAUCCUUACUUAGAAAACAGCGGAAGAAGCGCGAAUUUCCUAUUAUUUCAGUAAUGGGCUACACUAAUUGUGGGAAAACGACUCUGAUCAAGGCCCUUACUGGAGAUUCAGGAUUAGAGCCUCAAGAUCGACUGUUUGCCACAUUGGACAUUACAGCUCAUGCUGGCUGUCUGCCAUCACGCCUCACUGUUCUUUAUGUUGAUACGAUUGGAUUUCUCACUCAGUUGCCCCAUGACCUUAUUGAAUCGUUUUCAGCUACGCUAGAAGACGUAGCCUGCUCGGAUUUAAUUGUCCACGUGAGGGAUAUUAGCCAUCCAGAAACCCACCUCCAGAAGGAAAGUGUGUUGUCAGUUCUCAGGAACCUCAAUCUUCCCAGCCAGUUAAUGGAGUCAAUUAUCGAAGUUCACAACAAAGUGGAUUUGGUAGAUAGUUAUUCUACUGAACCAAAUACCAUAGCCACUUCUGCUCUCUUGGGCUAUGGAUUAGACCCCUUGAAAGAGGAAAUUGAGAGGACAGUUUUGAAAAUAACUGGGAAGGACUCUCUGACGAUACAAGUUGAUUUAUCUGGACCUCAGCUCAGUUGGCUUUACAAAGAAGCAACGGUGCAAGAGAUAGAUGUUAAUCCUGAAGAUGGCACAGCCAGCGUGAAGGUGAUUAUAAGCAACUCUGCCUUGGGCAGGCACAAAAGACUGUUUCCCCGGUCACGUUGUUCUUCUGUGGGAAAGAAGAAUCCUGGCUUAAAAGAAGAACAUUUUUAA